UCUCGCCCUAUUUCUCUCUCUUCCCGGUAGUCUUCAUCUCUAGAAGCCAUGAACGCGAACCAGUCGCGGCUUGGGUUUUUUCCAUGAAAGACAUCGAAUCCGUAAGACCUCAAAUCCCUCAUCCUCUUCGCGUCCAUUAGUUUUUUUUUUCAUUUUUCACGUUAUAGGCUGAUUUCUCCAGGCCGCUGAAGAAACCCUAAUCGAUCCGUUCCUUGUAGAGGUCCUCCCGGCCCACAAAAUAUUCGAAGAUUAGGGCUUUCUUAGAUUGAUAGGUUUUUUUACUCUACCCUGUUACUUCGGAUUAGGGAUUUCGUUAUUCCAAUUCCGCUCUGGUAGAAGUUACGGUAUUGGAAGGAGAUUAAGGCGCUGAACAAUUCGCUUCCGAUUGCUUCAAUUGAUUGAGUUCCGGAUAAUGUGUAUACUCUGCGUGGUCCAGAGGUGGUCUCGGCGGGUCGCGACCAUGCUACCGUGGCUUGUGAUCCCGCUUAUCAUUCUCUGGGCUCUCUCUCAGUUGCUCCCUCCCCCCCUCCGCUUCGAGAUCACCUCACCUCGCCUUGCCUGCGUUCUCGUUCUUCUCGCCACUCUUUUCUGGUACGAGAUUCUCAUGCCCCACCUCUCCAGUUGGAGGGCUCGUCGUGCUGCCCGCCUCCGUGAGCGCCGCCGCACAGAGGCCCUAGAGCUCCAGAAACUUCGUAAGACUGCUACUCGUCGUUGCCGGAAUUGCCACAUGCCUUACCGUGACCAGAACCCUGGUGGUGGUCGGUUCAUGUGCUCUUACUGUGGUCACAUCUCCAAAAGGCCGGAGCUUGACCUGCCAGAUCAGAUGGAAAGUCCUGGUAUCAUUGCUGAUGUUGUUGGGAAGAAUGGCUGGUUGUGUUAUGCUGAUGGGAAUGGUAAUUGGGCGGGCUCUGAUCCGAAGUACUGGAAUGGCACUGAUCGGAGCUGUUCCAUGGACAGAUCUUGUUUUGGUUUGAUUUUUUUUGCCUGCAAGCUACUUUCAUGUUUUUUCUCGAGUGUGAGGUGGCUUCAUGGCAAAAUUUUCAGAUUUGGUACUUCAAGGGAAGAUGGAUCUUCUGAUUUAGAUCAUAGAGGGUUGCCAGGGAAAGGGGAGAAUUGUGUAAAUUUCCAUGAGAGUAGAGGGGAGAAGGCUAGAAGGAAAGCGGAGGAGAAGAGGCAGGCUCGGUUGGAGAAAGAAAUGCUAGAGGAGGAAGAGAGGAAGCAGAGGGAAGAAGUUGCAAGGCUGGUAGAGGAGAGGAGAAGACAGCGGGAUGAAAUGUUGGCUGCUGAGAAAGAGCGGUCGAAGGGCUUAGCUGUUGAUGGGGGCAGAGAUGGAAAGAAGGAAAUGGAUAGGAGGAGGAAGGACAGAAGGAAAGACAAGGAUAAAGCAUCUAGCAAGAGCAAUUCUGAUGUUGAAGAGCAUGAGAAGAGGGCAAGUAGGGAAAACGAAAGGAAACGGGAGUUUGAGAAGAAGGUUGAGAAUGAAUUGAGAGAUUUUCAGAAGGGUGCCACGGAUAAUUACAAAUCACAUGCCUUAGAAGGUGUUCAUGGAAAUAAGGUUGCUGUGAAUAAUUCUAGGUAUUUUGAUCGCAUGAAAGGCUCUUUUUUAUAUUCUUCUAGAGGUUUUGCUGGUCCCUUCUUUGGAAGAAACAUGCAGAACUCCCCCGCUGUUACCAAGAUAACUAAGCCCGCCACAGGAAUUAUUGAUCAUGGUCAAAAUUCAGGAAACAGAAGAGAUACUCAUCCUCUAGUGCAUGUGGCUGGUAAAUCAUCUUCUAGUGCAGGUGAUAAGGCUUCUGAGACAAACUUAAGUCGAAUUGGAACUACAAAUGUUCAACCAAAAACAACCGUUAUAAAAAAAUCAUGGCAGCAAUUGUUUACUCGUUCUUCAGCAGUUUCUCCAUAUCCUGAUGCAAAGUCUACAGGUCAGGUGAAUCCAACUGGACAAUUAGCAGAUCGAGGUGAUCUUUCAUCCAAGAAAGACUUACUUCAAAGUUACUCUACUACUGAUAACCUAGUUGAUUAUGGGAAAUCAUUGCCUUUCACAGCAUUCCCUCCUGCAAGCAUUUCUUUUCCAAACAAUCCAAUUUUUCCUAUUGUGCCCGAUACAACAUUCCCUCCUCUUGAAGAGCCACCGCGAAGUUCAUUGUCAGAAGAUGCAGAAUUAUUUGAGGAUCCAUGCUAUGAUCCAGAUCCCAUCUCAUUGUUGGGGCCUGUAUCAGAGUCACUUGACAAAUUUCCAUCGUACUUAGAGACUGGAUUUACUACAAGGAACAAGACUGAAGGAUCUUCAUAUUUGAAGAAUGUUUUGACUUCUGCAGAUGUGAAUAAGCCUUCCCCUAUUGAGCCUCCCUUGUCCAAAGUAAAUUUUCCAGAAGGAAAGCAUUCCGCAUCUGAUCAAUUGUUUUGCUCUCCUAAUUCAGAUCUAUCCAGCAAUAUACUGGAACAAAGUACAUGGAAAAUGUGGGGCAGUCCAUUGCCUCAGGAAGGGAUGGGUUUGAUAGGUCGUCCCAAUGGUUGGUUUUCACCCCUCAUGCAAAACAAUUCCCAACAGCAAGAUUUCUUGCAUUCUCUGUCCCACAGGCCUAUAGAACCACCCAUCUCAAAGAGUAACAAUAAGCUAAUGGGAAUAUCUAAUCAGUAUGCUCAUAAUGGUAACCAUGAACAUAAUUGUGGGACAUAUAGUCCACUUGGUCCUAGUUUUAAUGAUAAUGGCAUAUGGCAGCAGAACUUCUUCCAGGCUCCAUCACCAAUGGCUGUUAAUGAUCAUUUACUACCUAUUGAUCUCAUGGUUAAAAUAUCUCAGGGUGAAGCUAACUAUAGUACUCCAAUAAAAUCAACUACUGGGCAUCCUUUUGAAACAAACCCAAUUACUAGUUGGCCCAACAGGGAUGACUCUGUUUUGGAUGCUCCUCAGCAAGUUGGAAACCUGAAUCCUGGAAGGCCAAAUGUUGGAAGCCUUUUCUCCAGAGGCCCAGAUGUACCGUCGGUCUGGUCUUUCACUAAAUAGUUUAAGAAAUAAGAACUAUAAUACCAUUGUCCCCCGAAGGCAAGCUUCCUUUUUGCUUCUUUACGAAGAGAAUUAAGGAAAGAUAGGAAAAUCUUAGCUGCAGUGAAUCCUUUCUUUAUGUAAAUGAUAUGACCCAUUUCAUUUAAGCUUUGAAUAGAUGGAAUGCAUGCAUUCUUGAGACAUUGGUAGCUGAAUAUAACUUUUUUUCUUCUUCUUACUUGUUUCAACAGGGUUCUUCAUCUAGUUGAUAUAAUUUCUUUCAA